AUGGUGUCCUACUACUUCACUCACGAAGCUGCUGAUAUUUUACCAUCAAAGCUUUUCUGGAUCAAGGUUAUGAAACUGAUACUCAUUGUUGGAAUGAUUUUCGAGAUAUUUUUCUUAAUAGCAUUCGUUGUCAAGCGAUUUUAAAGAGCUGAUUUGCUAUGUGAAGAUCCAUUUUUCAUAAUAUUACGAUCAGGAGGGGAGAUAAUGAUAUUCAUAUUUUUGAUAAUUGGUAUUUAAAUCACUAAGCAGAUUAAAAACUUUUAGCGUACAACAUAAUAUGAAAAAACUAAAUAACUUAUUGCAUAAAGAGAAGCUCUUUAAAAACUUUGCAGAGAUAAAUUGGGUAAGUGUGGAGUACACAUAGAAAAUAUGUUCUGGAAUGAAUUCACUUGGAUUAUUUCUAGAUGUGUAACUAAUAUAUUUUGGGUAAUACCUAUUGUCUACGUAUUUUGGCCAGAAUUACUGUUCUCUAAAAAGAGAGUAAUCAAAGAAAAAAGGUCAAUCAAUACAAAGAACCAAAAUGAUUCCUCUAGUAAGAAUUAAGAUACAGGUUCAUUUUUGGGUUAAUCAGACGAUGAGGCAAAUGAUGAUGAAGAUGAUGACGAGAUAUAUCACUAGAACAACUACGCUUUCAAGUCAACAGAUGAGGUAAAUCACUCUCAAAAAAACUACAUGGCAAGUCAAUUUCGAAUAAUCUCACCUAAUAGAGAGACACACACCAAUAGGCCCAGUAAUCAAUCAGACUAAAUGUGA